UCCGUUAACGCUGGAAAAGGGGUUGCCUGCGCAUCUGGAGGAAAACGCGUUUUUAAAAGAAGAUUCUUUUUAGUUUUGCUUAUGAAAACCGUAGAAAGGGCAAAUAUUUCCCCCCUUAAUCGAGAGAAAAUUACAACAUCCGAGGCGAUGAGAUGUGAGUGAGCUAUGCCUUAUAGAAAUGGACAGACUGUAUCCAAGCGAAAACAUGGCGUCUAUUUCUCAAAGUUUGGAUUCUUCUCCAGCCUACUUUUUUCACUGUGCUGCCUGGAGGCAUGGAGCUCGUUGGGGAUGUGCAGCCCUUGUCCCAGAAACUGUUCGUGUACGGUGGUGGGACCCCAGAAUUCUUCAGUGGUUAAUUGUUCGAACAAGGGAUUGGAUUGGGGACCAUUAGCUUCGGAGCUCCCAUCUGACAUAAAAAUCCUAGAUCUGUCCAGAAACCGCAUCCAAUCCCUCCAUGACAGUCUCUUUGAUCACCUCACUUCCCUGAAGGAACUGUAUCUUCAGAAUAACCGCCUCACUGUCCUGCCGCGCAGGGUUUUUGGCUAUAGAUCUCUAGCCGUGCUAGAUCUGAGCAACAACCAGAUCACCACCAUAGAUGAGCGGAUAUGCGAUCAUUUAUUUAAUUUAACCGCCAUUGACCUGAGCUUUAACCCGUUGGUGUGCGACUGCUCGCUGUACCGGCUUGUGAGCUGGCUGCAGGAGAGAGGGGUGUCGGUGCGGCGGCCCAACUCCAUGCUCUGCGACCAGCCGCCCCGCGUCAAGAACCAGCCUCUCCUCAACGUCAGCCUGCUCACUUGUGGCCUGAACUAUGCUGGAUGCCUGCAGGAUGAGCAGCACACAGGAAGCUCAGAGCUGGUCAUCUUCUCCUACUCCACGCCGGGGAACUUCUCGCGGGAGGAGUGCAACACGCUGUGCUUCCACGAGGACAAGCGCUACGGGGGCCUGGGGGCACACCGCGAGUGCCUGUGCAGCACCAACUCUGAGCCCAACCUGCUCAGCGAGUCCCAGUGCUCGGCCGCCUGCACCGACGCCCAGGUCAUGAAGAAGUGUGGCUGGACCGUGGCACCGGACGUCUUCCAGGUGGGCUUAAACGCCUCUCUCUUCUUACCCCGGGCGUGCGUCCACUCCGAGGCUGUCCUGUCGGUUUCCUCCUCUGUCCUCUCCGCCUCCUACUCCUGGCUCUUCGGUGACCUCUCGCCUCGCGUCAUCACCUCCACCCCCAACUCCACGGUGGGGCACAAAUACGCGCUGCCUGGACGCUACACGGUCGAGGCAGGGAUAACGGCGGGCAAGACCAAAGUCACGCAGAAAGGGCUGGUGGACGUGGCUCUGCCCCCCCGUCUGGAGCUGCGCUGCCCGGGCACACUAGUGGCCAACCACAGCCUGACCACCACACUGGUCAACUGGGGAGGAGUUGGAGUCUCUGCUGACUGGAGGAUCGUAAAGGAUGAUGAGGAGGUGGCAAGAGCUCUCGCCGUCCCUCUCGCCACUGGAGUGACCGCAGGCGGCAGCAUCCCCGAGAUUAGUCUCUUCUGUGUUUUCUGGUCACACGGAGUCCUCGCUGUUUUCAGCUCCACCCGGCAGCAGUGUGUGUCCUGGGGCGGGGAGCUGGCCGUGGUCCACAGCCAAAGCAUCCGCCACCUCCUGGCCAGCCGUGUCACUCAAGAGCGAGGCGUGUGGCUGGGCUUAAGUGAUGUGGACGACGGCGACUCACUGCGCUGGGUGGACGGUUCCGAGGUGGCCUCAGGAGAGGAGGGUUCUCUUGACAGAGGCACAAUAUUGCGGGGCAAUAAGUGUGUGUCACUGGAACACACAGGCCUUCUCAGCCAACAUCGCUGCUCGGCCCUACGGGCUUUCUUCUGCCAGUUCACCAAGUUUGUUGGGAUCCCUGAUGCUGGUGUCUUCAUGGUGGGCACCGCUGUCUUCAACAUCCACAGGCCUCUAUCCAGUGUGACAGAGGCCCAGGCUCUUGACAUGCCAUCAAAGAGUGUGGAGUUGCUGUUGUUCCCAGCGUUGAGUUUUACGCACACUGCCCGACUGUCCUCCCUGGAGCUGAUCACGCAGCAGCUGAGCUCAGAUGCACAGGUGCGCUUCCAGGUGUACCGGCCGCAGUGCCAGGAGCUGGGCAAACACCUGCUGCUGCCAGGUUGUGGUCAACUCUGUGCUCCCAUGGCCUUGUGCCAGGAUGUGGAUCAGAUGGCCAAUGGAACAGUGCGAGCCACUCCGCCGUGCCCGUCCCUGCAGCAGUGGUGCCCCUUCCUGGAGCGAUGCCAGCCCCUGAACAGCUCGUGCCACCACACCUCCUGUUUCAACUGCUCAGGAGUGGACCCUCUGCCCCCUGGGACACGGCGGCCGGAGUACAGCCACGUGGGAGAGGACGUUCUCUUCACCCUGCCCGCUGGACCCUCUGCACACCACCUGGUCCAAGAAGGAGUGGAGAACUUGCUGGUCUUCCCUGGUGAUUUCAUCGCCCUGCAGCAUGACGCAGGUCCAGGUGCCCUCCUCCACUGCACCCCCGACCCCUCGUCACCGUGGAGACAGAGUGUCCUCACUCUCAACCUCUCCGACUGGACCACCAACAGCUCCAUCCUGGCCACUGACACAGUGCAUUGGAUCCAUGACAGCACGUGUCUGCUGAGAGUGCUCCACGUAGGGGAGAACCAGACCAACCUCACGGACCCACAGUUCACCGCUGGCCUGGCCCAGCCAGGAGACUACAGCCUGGAGGUGACCUCGCACGACCCCGACUUUCCCGUGACGGCCAGCUGCUUGCUCCAUGUGGUGCCUCCGCUCGGCCUGUCUGUGAUUCACCCGACCAACCAGAAUGGGACGGUUUACUUCCGGCCCAAUCAGACGGCCCUGCUGCUGAGGGUGCACUCGCAGCACAGAGCAGCGGUCAGAUGGCAGGGCAGUAACACCACUGUCCACUUCGAGUCUUUCUGCCCCCAGGAGCUUGUAGCUAAAGUAGCCGAGUGCCGACAGGUGGACCCCAACAAUGAGACGUGGUUCGCCUGGGUGGACCUCCACCUGGACGAGUCUCCAGGCCCAGUGGCAGUGGAGCUCACGGCUAAGAGUGAGGUGACCACAGACAGCCUGACCAUCCAGGCAAGGGUAGAGCUACCGCUUUGCGGCCUACGGAUACAACCACAUCCAAGUCAAAGAGUGCUUAUGUUGUCAGUGGUGAGCUACGUGGCCAUGGUUGAAGGAGGCACUGACCCCAACUUCAAGUGGACAGUGGAUGAUAAACCAUAUUUCACCUAUUACAACACUGUUUUUAAUGUCAUCUACCAAAAUGCAGCAAUCUACAAGCUAACGGUGACUGCUAUAAACCAUGUGAGCAGCCUGAUGGAGCAUUUCAACGUGACUGUGGACCGCAUGAACCCCAUGAGUGAGAUCACAGUGCUGGGGGUCCCCAGCAUCGUCCCCCAAGGCUCCAACCUCAGCCUGGCCGCCUUCGUCACCGUGGACACAUCAGUGGACGCAACAUUCCGGUGGGCAUUUGGAGAUGGAGGAUAUCAGGACCACCACAAGCUUCCCUAUGACCAGCUGCAUGAGGCCUCUGAUCCCACAAUCAAGCAGUUUAAACUGCAAGACAAUGUCACCUAUGUGUAUGCUCAGCCAGGGGAGUACACCCUCCUUGUCUCUGUGUCAAAUCGCUAUGAGCCGCCGAAGACGCAGAAGAUUGAUGUGUAUGUAUUCAGCAUCCUGACAAACGUGAAGAUUGAGACGGAACCCAAUGUGCUGCAGGCGGGACAGUCUGCUGAGUUUGAGGCCCAUUCCUUGCCUUCCACUUACGGAAUAGUCUACACCUGGGACUUUGGCGAUAACUCCACGAGGCUGCAAGGUCGUGAGCGCCGCGUCAUCCACACUUACACCCACAGUGGCAUCUACGAUGUGUGCGUGACUGUAAACAACACCAUCAGUACCACUGGGACGUGCACAAAGAUGAUGGUGUUUGAGGAGAUUAAGGGCUUAACGGUCCAGUCCUCAGGUCCCACUGAAUUACACACAUCCGUGGAGAUCACUGCACAACUGCUGGCCGGCAACAAUGUCACCUGGAGCUUUGACAUGGGAGAUGGGAACGUGCUGCCCAGUGAGAAAGCAACGGUUGAGCACACAUACAUUAAAGAUGGAAACUACUCGGUGAACAUCACAGCCAAGAAUGCUGUAAGCUCCCAGUGGCAGGUGAUUCCUGUAAAUGUGUUUGUGCUGCAGGUGCUGUGGCUGGAACCUGCUGGGUGCAUUCAGGAGAACACAAAUGUCAGUUUUCGUGCUUUUGUGUCAGGAAAUGCCUCCACUUACCAUUAUCAGUGGAGCUUUGGGGAUAAUACACAUAAUGAGACUGUCUUUGGCUUCCCUACGAUCACACACUCCUUUUUGGAGAGUAAGAAAUACACUCUCUCAUUGGUUUUGUUAAGUGCAGUAAACAGGGCAAGCUUUCACGCCUGGGUGUGUGUCCAGCCUGCCGUGAGCAGUGUUUCACUCAAACCCUUGAAUAGGCAUAUCAGACUUGGAGAAGAGACUAAGUUCAGAGCCGUAGCCAUUCCUGAAUUCGCCUACACUUAUCACUGGGAGUUUGGCACCAGUGACUCUAGAGGGCCCAUACAAGGAGGUGCAGACAUGACAUUUACAUACAAAAACCCUGGACAGUACCAGGUCAUGGUGAUGGUCCUCAACAACAUCUCGUGUAGCAAUGAUACCGUUGAAAUUGAGGUUCAAAAGCCAGUGGGCUCCCUGCUGAUUCUGCACAAUGGCACCAAAGACAACAACCUUACCUUGGAUCAAGACUACACAUUUGAGGCUUAUUCUGAUUCCACUGAUGUUCAGUAUACCUGGAACUUUGGGGAUGGAAACAUCUUCAGUGGCUCAAAGGCCACUCAUUCCUAUAACCUCUCAGGUCUCUUCAACAUAACCCUGCUGGGACAAAAUGCAGUGAGCCGCAAUAAGACCGUGGUUUUGAUGUCUGUCCUGACCCCCAUGCUAGGCUUGUCAGUGAAUGCUAGUGCAGUGAAUGUGCCACUCAAUGCAUCAGUGAACUUUGAGGCCCAUCUUCAGCAGGGGGACCAAGUGAGGUAUUCCUGGAUCCUUUGUGAUCGUUGCACGUCCAUUCCUGGUACAAGCACCAUGUUCUAUACAUUUCGCUCAGUUGGGACAUUCAAUGUGAUAGUGACAGCUGUAAACGACAUUGGCACUGCCCAAGCAAGCAUCUUGAUUUUUGUGCAGCGGGAGCUGGAGGGUCUGCAGAUUAUUGCAGAGGAGCUGGAAGACAAGUGUUGCUAUGCCACCAACCAGGUCCUUCAUUUGCAUGCCUCUCUUAGGGAAGGAACAAACAUGUCAUUCAACUGGAACAUACUGAAAGAGCAAGAGACCACGCCUCCGUUAAAUUAUACUGGUAAAACAAUUGAUCUGAAUUUUUCAACUCCAGGCACUCGCGAUAUUUUUCUGAUAGCCACCAAUCUUUUGGGCCAGUUGUCAGUCAACAAAUCCAUUAAGUUUUUGGAUCAUGUUGGGGAACUGUUCCUUGACAUUUCACCAAACCCUGUUGCAUUGAAUGCCAUUGUAAACAUGAGUGUGUCUGUUAGUGGUGGCACAGACCUUCAUUAUAAUUGGAUAGCUGACGGUGACUUGGACUGGUUCGAUAGUCUUGUCCAUCAUAGGUUUGAGAGUCCAGGAAUGAAGCAGGUGACGGUGGAAGUCUCUAAUGAAGUGAGUACUAAAACCGUUUCCAAAUGGAUCAGUGUGCAGGAGCCAAUCUCAGGCGUGCAGAUUUCUGCAAGCAAUGUCACAGAACAGAACUUUGUUGCCUCUGGUGUCAAUGUUACCUUUCGUGGAGAUGUAAGGAAGGGGACCAACAUCUCUUGGACAUGGUUGUUACCCAGCAGUAAAAGAACAGGUCGACCAGUCACAUCAUAUAUCUUCCCAGAACCAGGGAACUUCUCUGUCAUGUUGAACGCUACAAAUGACAUCAGUGGGGAGGCAUUGUCCCGUGAUUUCAUAGUCCAGAAUCGUAUUCAGGGACUGAAUUUGAAAACCAGCAAGGUGAUUGCAGCGGUUGGAGAAAAUGUUGAGUUUACCAUUUCUAUUGCAUCAGGAUCAUCGGUCAAUUUCUUGCUGAGUAUCAGUGGAGAUGCCUCGGUGGAGCUUCUAAACAUGACUUACGUACACCAGUUCACAAGGGUGGAUCCAUAUAUAGUCAAUCUGACCGCCUUCAACCAGGUUAGCUCUGAUAGAAAGUCCCUGCAUGUGGAAGUGAUGGAGCCUGUGAAGCACUUGUCAAUUGUGAAUUGCUGUGAGGCCGCCAUACCUGUCGGAGUGGCAAAGACCUUCAUUGCGAACAUAGAGGCUGGGAAACCUGUGACCUACCUGUGGACCUUUGAUCUGCAUUACACGGCCAACCAAAAGACAUUUUGGUCAAAGGAGGCCACCUUCACCCCUCCAGAGCCUGGCACACUGACCAUUUUCCUUCGUGUCUUUAACCUUCUGGAUCCCUCUGGUCUAAAUAUAUCUAAGACAGUCCAGGUUCAAAACAUCCUAACAUCAGCCACACUUGAAGCUCAACCACAAGACACUUUCAUUAACAAGGUGGUUUCCUUCCGAGUGGCUGUGAGCCCACGCAACACUCGGGCCAACUAUACGUGGGAUUUUGGUGAUGGCAAGGAAAAUUUAUCUAUGACCCCCUCUCAUAGUCACACAUACUCUCGGCCUGGGCAGUACCUGGUGAGGGUCAAUGCCAGCAAUUUAGUCAGCUGGGUCCUGACUGAGGUUGAGGUAAACAUCCGUGUUCUGGCAUGUGAGGAGCCUGAAGUUCAUAUCAAGCAAGCCCCUUAUUUGGGAAUUUGGCGUCACAAGACGACCCUAGUGGAGGCCAGUGUUGACCUAAAAGGCUGUGAUCACUACAGGGUGGAGUAUCUCUGGGAAGUUCUGGCCACCCAGGACUGCUCUGAUGAUGACGACAUGAAGGCACCUACCAAGAUGCUUCUGCCCCCUGAGGUGGACGUACAACGGAUCCAGCUUUCUGUGCCCAAGAUGGCACUGCCCGCUGGGAAUUACACCCUGGUCUUUUCCUUGGCAUAUGAGGGUGUUCCUCUCAGGAAGGCAGCCUGCCUUCAAUUAUCCGUGAAGGCUGGGAAACUGGUCCCCAUUAUUGAAGGUGGCACAUACCGUGUGUGGUCAAAGACCCAGGACCUGCUGCUGAGUGGAGAACAAUCCCGUGACCCAAAUGUGGACUUGGAGAACCCCUCACUUCUGAUCUAUCACUGGGACUGUGAAAGCACCUCAAAGGGUCCAUCUCACUGCCCCGCUCUGGACUAUGGCUCCAGUGGGCCUGUUCUGGGAAUUGCCGGGUCAGACCUGGAGGUAGACGUUGAAUACACUUUCCGUCUCACCGUCAGCAAAGAGGGCAUGCCUUCAGAGUCAACAGUUCAGAAGGUGUUGGUCCAGUCUGGUCGGAUCCCCAUGGUGUCUCUGGAGUGUGUGUCCUGCAAGGCUCAGUCCAUCUUCGAGGUCAGCCAGAGCUCUAAGGUCGACCUGGCUGGGACCUGCAGCAACUGUGGAUUGUCACAUCGUGGGCACUGGACGGCCAGAACCCAGAAUAAUGAGCGGCUGGCGCUGGACUCGAGCACCACCACCACGGGCAGUGAGGGCAUGCGCCUGGUGCUGCGGCAGGGCAUCCUGCGCGACGGCGAGUCCUACGUUUUCACCUUGCACGUUGCCGAUGACGACAUGGACCGCAAGGGUGUGGCCUCCAUCGAGCUGCAGCCCAACCUGCCUCCCUCGGGCGGGUCGUGCUCGCUGUGGGCCGAUGGUCCAGGGCCUUAUGUGCGCACCCUGCUGGACAAGGUGUACUUCAACUGCACAGGCUAUGCUGAUCAGGGGGAGUCUCCAUCGUCUCUGCUGUACAGCCUGUUGUUGCUGCGCUGCUCCGACUCCCUGUGUGAAGAGUUCUGUGUGUACAAGGGCAGCAGCCCGGAGCACUCCACCUUCCUGCCCCCUGGAUUCAGCGCCACCCACCACCUGGUCUCAGCCACCAUCAUCGUGGAGGACCACCAGGGGGCGUCUAUCGUUUCACUCAACAAUACAUUGAAGGUGGUGUUGCCGGAGGCCCCAGUGGGUUACAGCAGCCUGCCCCACUGGCUGUCCUACCUGACAGAAACGACCCUCAGAGACCUGCUCAAGCAGGGAGACUCCCAGCGCGUCCGAGAGCUCUCCCUGGCUCUGAUCACCGUGCUCAACGAGUACGAGCAGACGUCGCCAACCAUGCAAGUGACCCGAGCAGAGCGGCAGCACCGCCUCAGUGUCCGUGGCAACAUCACUAGAGCGCUGACAGCCCUCGACCUCACCACCGUCAACGACAUCCAGCAAACAUCAGCGGCUCUCGCUCAAUGCACAGCGAUGAACCGAGAGUUUGUGUGCGAAGAGUGUCAGAACAGCACUCUGGACAAGCUGGAGUCCAUGCUGGAGAUUUUGCAGACGGACACCAAACAGGGAACCGUCACCCCCACAGAGAUCGCUGACAACAUCCUCAGUAUCAUGGGUGACCUCAUCCAUCAGGUAAGCCAGGCGGCGGUGGUGGGGAUGGCCCUGGAGCCGGACGAUCGCUUGUUGGAGGACCAGCACCCGGUGCUGGACGAUCCGCACCCUCUGCGCGUGGCGGCCAAGGCUUACACGCUGUCGUCCGAGCUCAUGCGCAUCAUGAUGCACUCGCGCGUGCUCAACGAGGAGCCGCUCAUCCUGCGCGGCGACGAGAUCGCGGCGGCCGGCAAGCGCGCCGACCCGCAGAGCCUGCUGUGCUACGGCUCCAGUGACCCCAGCCCCGAGUGCCGCCGCUUCUCCAUCCCGCGCACCUUCAACACCAGCCUGAGCCGGGCGGCGGCCAGCGGGGACUCGUCCGGCGGAGGGGGGGGUCUCGGGGCCAGCGCCGGGGGGUCGCCGCCGGGCGUCGUCCAGCUGCUUUUCCAGGUGGAGCCCAACCCCUUCCCCUUCAACUACGUGGCCAACUACUCUGUCUCCACCGAGGUGGCGUCCAUGGAGUUCCGCACGGAGAACGGCACACAGAUCCCCAUCGCCAACCUGGACGAGAGCCAGGCCAUCACGGUGGCGGUCAACAACGGCAGCACGCCCGGCGUGGACGGCACGGGACCGGUGGAGAGGCUGCGUCCGGCCGGAAGCUUCAACGUGAGCCGCUGCAGCCACGUGAUGGUGAGGGUGGACACCGGGAACACCAACCGGCAGGCCGGACUCUUUGUCCAGCUCAACUUCACCAUCCUGGAGGAGGACACGGAGGAGCGGGAAGCUGACCCGGCCAUCGUGGCGUACCUGAACAGCUCCCAUUGGCCCAACGAGUACAACUGCAGCGACAAGAAGAGCAUCCACCUCAGCAUGACCCAGGGCCAGGAGCUGGACCACCGGCCCUACACCUUCUUCCUGUCACCACUGUCACAUGACACGACCCAGGUGUACUACAUCAACGUGACGACGGGCUGCGGGCCCAGCUACCCGCGUCUGAUUCGCCUGGAGGUGGGCGUGUUCUCCUCGCUGUGUCAGUACUUCAGCGAGAGCGCCAAGCUGUGGCGUACAGAUGGCAUGGUGCCUCUGGCCGAGACCAACGCCAGCCGCGCCGUCUGCAGCACCAGACACCUCACAGCGUUCGCCGCCAGCCUCUUCGUGCCACCCAACGCUGUGGAGUUUAUUCCCCCUAAGGAGUCAGGGGGCGGCCUGGUGGUGGUGCUGUGCUGUGUGCUGGGGCUAGUGUGCUACGCGGUGGCCGCCGCCCUCCUGCACAAGCUGGACCAGCUGGAGCUGCGCCGCGCCGCCGUGGUGCCCUUCUGCGGGAAGGACGGCCUCUUCAAGUACGAGGUGCAGGUGAAGACCGGCUGGAGCCGCGCCGCAGGCACCACUGCCCAUGUUGGCAUUAGUCUGUACGGCCGAGAGAGCCGCAGUGGGCACCGUCACCUGGACAGCAGUGGAGCCUUCACUCGAAACAGCCUGGACAUCUUCCACAUUGCCACCGAUGCCAGCUUAGGCAACGUGUGGAAGAUUCGAGUUUGGCAUGACAACAAAGGGCUCAGUCCAGCGUGGCUGCUGCAGUACGUGUUAGUCAAGGACCUGCAGACAGGCAACACCUACUUCUUCCUGGUGGAGGAAUGGCUGUCUGUGGACAACGAGAAGACAGACGGCCGAGUGGAGAUUGAGGUUGAGGCCUCCGAAGAGCGGGCCCUCCGGCGCUGGCCGCGGCUGUUGUCGUGGGAGCUGCAGAGGGCGCUGUGCGAGAGCCACAUCUGGGUGUCCCUGUUGGAGCGUCCGCGCCGUAGUCCCUUCAGCGGCCUGCACAGGUCCACAUGUGGCGCGCUGCUCCUGAGUCUGAUGCUGCUGGCCAACGCUGUGUGGUACACCACCGUAGCCCACCGCCAAAACAGCUCCACUGCAGUGGCUAACCUGGUGUCUUUGAAUGCGGAGACCCUGGGUGUCGGCUUAGUCACCUGUCUGGUGGUCUAUCCCCUGUACCUGCUGGUGUUCUGCCUCUUGAGGAUGAGCCGUAGCAAGGUGCUAGUGGAACAGUUGCCACCACAAAGCGAUCAGGAGUCUCUAGAGAUCGAUGACUUCCUGGAUAACUCCAUGACUGGAAGUUCCUUCCUCAUAUUUAAUGGAAUGUCUGAAGAGACAUGCUCAGAAGAGACCAACAUAGACUUGCCCACUCCCUCAACCCAAAGUCUCCAGAGAUGGAGCGAUUGUCCAGAUGUGAUGAGCGAGUCGUCCGUGAUGGCAUGCGCAGGGCUGCCCCCGAGGCUGAAGCGUGGCCAAGGAAGCCGCCACCUGGGAGUGGACAUCACCUUUAAUCCUGAGGAUGAGGAGGCAGCGGGCGGCUACCCGCAGUACUUCAGCUCCUCAGAUGAGGACCUAAUCAAGCGGAUCCUGGCGGAUGGCCAGCUGCAGGUCUCUCAGCUGUGUGACCCCCAGCAGCUUUUCUCUGCGGCAGACAGCGACAUGGCUGACCUAUCCAGUAUUUUUGGGGAUAAGACCGAGGUGAUCCUGCUGCAGAAACUCAACGAGCCCCCACCGCUAGGAGCAGUCAGGAGAGAUCCGCCCAAAACCGCCUUCACCAACCACACAGUGGUGACAGAUGUGUGCCGGCCCCGGCGCUUCCCGCCCUGGGUUGGCCAGGCGGCGCUGUGGGGCAGCUGGCUAGCCCUGGUCCUGUCCAGCAGUCUGUCCAUGUGGCUCGGCCGCAGCAUGAGCGAGCCAGUGGCCCUCAUGUGGCUCAUAUCCUGCAUGGCCAGCUUUGUGUCCUCCUUCUGCCUGCUGGAGCCUCUCAAGGUGCUGUGUGAGGGCCUGUACUUUGCGCUGGUGGUGCGGCGCGUGCGUGCUGAGGAGCAGGAUGUGCUGGUGGAGUGGCCGAGGGUGGAGCGGGUCAGCCAGAGGAUCCCGCGCGUGCGUCCACCGCAGGGCUUCGCCCUCUCACAGGCCCGAGACGAGGCCCGCAAGGUCCGCCUGCUACACAGAAUGCUCAAGGGCUUCGUGGUGUACAUGCUGUUCCUGCUGGUGGUUCUGCUGCUCAACUACGCCGACUCCAGCACAGACACUCAGCGCCUGCAACUGCGCAGCCAGCUUCAGCACCGGCUGCACACAGCGCAUUUCAUCAACAUCAACAGCCGCGAGGACGUGUGGCCGUGGCUCGCCGACUCCUUGCUGCCACAGCUCCUGGACGGCCCGGCCCUGAUGAGCGCCACGGGCAGCGUUCUCCUGGGUCCACCCCGCCUCCGGCAGCUCCGCAGUCCAGCAGGCUGCCCAGCUAGUGACUCUUUCCCAGGAGCCUCGUGGUUUGGAUGUGGCAUACGUGGCCACGCGCUGGGCUGGAGUGGACCGGGCUCCAGCCUCUCACCCAACUGGACGCUGAGCUCCACUGAGAGCAACGGAGCUUGGCACUGGGGGCAGGCAAAGGUGUACGGCAGUAGUGGAUUUGUGCAGGAGCUGACCACAAACAUGGACAUUUCCAGAGCCCUCAUUCAACAUCUCAGCACACAUCAGUGGCUGGAUCCACUGACAAGGGCUUUAUUUGUGGAGUUUUCUUUGUACAACACAAACACCAAUCUCCUGGCUGUGCUGACCUUCCUGCUGGAGUUUCCCGUGUCCGAGCGCGUCCAGUCCAGUUUGGACCUGAAGACUUGCCGUCUGCACCGCCUCAGCCAAGGCCUGGACCUCCCUCUGCUGCUUACGAUGGUCCUGCUGUCGCUGGUGCUGUUCUUCUGCGUGCGCGAGGGCUCGUGCGUGCUGCGCGAGGGACGCCGCUACCUGGUGCGCGUGUGGAACCUGGCCGGCGUCUGCAGCCUGGCGCUGGCCCUGUGCGUGGCCGCGCUGCACCUGGCCCGCGCCGCCCACGCCGACCGCCAGUGGGACGCCUUCCUUGGCCAGCGCCACCGCUUCACCGACUUCUACGGGCUGGCCCAGCAGAGCCAGGCCAUGAGCACGCUCAGUGCCCUGCUGCUCUUCCUCCUGGUGCUGAAGGCCUCUCACCAGCUGCGCUUCCUGAGGGAGUGGGCCGUGUUUGGCCGGGCGUUGCGGCGCUCGCUGCGCGAGCUCCUGGCCGCCUCUGUGGCUCUGCUCCUCCUGCUGCUGGCCUACGCGCACACCGGACACCUGCUCUUCCACUCUGUCCUGGAGGGUUACGGCAGCGUUGGCUCAGUGUUCCUGGCCUUACUGGGCAGCGGGGGUCGGGGCCUGGUGUCGUCGGCGUGCUCCGACUGGACAGUGCUGUUCCACUGCAGCUUCGUGGUGCUGAAGCUAGCGCUGCUUUGGCUGGUCACCUCGGUGUUGCUGCGCAACUACAGAUGUGCUCGCGAGGAGCUGUACCGGCCAGCUGUGGACCUGCAGGACUACGAGAUGGUGGAGCUCUUCCUCAGACGUCUUAAGAUAUGGAUGGGCCUGAGCCGCACCAAAGAGUUCCGCCACAAGGUGCGUUUUGAGGGCAUGGAGCUCCCUCCCUCCCGUUCGUCCUCCACCAGUGACUGCAAAUCUCUGUGCCUGCCCCCGCUGGACACGCCUGAGGGUCCCCCGUCUCCCGACAGUGUGGACGGCAGCUCGGAGGCCUCGUGGCGACCCAUGUCCUGGAGCCCGUGCAGCCUGGCCGAGGCCCCUGGACAGAGCGUGGUGCUGGGGGCGCUGGGGGCGGUGGUGGGCGGCCACAGCUGGAAGGAGCGGGCCGAGAUGGAGGCCACACUGCGGCGGCUGCUGCCCACCUUCGACGCGCUGCUGCAGCAGCUGGACCGCGUGACGCUGGCCACCGAGGACCUGUACCGCGCCGAGUGCCGUCUGGAGCGGCUGCAGCGCAGGAGCCGGAGCCGAGCGCGCAAGGUCAGCCAGGGCCGGCGGAGCACCACACGCCGGACCGCCAGCAGGGCAGAAGACUCAGCAGCGCCCAGGAAGCAACCGCACGCCAAGGGCCCACACAAAGGGAGCGGUCAGAAGGCCCAGUGGACAGAGGCGAGUCGGAGCUCCCAUCAGGACCCUGGGAGUACUGUGAUCAGCCAAGCUCCCAAGGCCAGUCCGAAUCCCCUGCCCCCUCCAGCGGCUGCCCCUACUCCAGGCCCUGGCUCCACCCCGCCGGCCAUUCCACGGGCGCUGGACUGGGACACGUCGAGCGACAGGGACGGACGCACACCCUCCAGCCUGUUCCGCCACCCGGCGCACACCACCAUCGUUCCCAUGCGCAAGCGCAAAAAUAAACCCCCGCCACUCAAGAACAAGGUUCACCCCAACCCAGACAGGCCCGUCUCAGGACACCCCAAACCCUGAGGCCCCCCAGGGACACACAGGACAGAGAGAGAGAGAGCGAAAACGCUAGUUUUUGUUUAUUCAUUGAAAGGACUGUUGCAGCAAGAGAGAGAGAGAGAGCAGAUCAGGUCUCUAGGAAGCAUCAUUGGCAGCCGGUUUUGUCUCUGGUGCGUCCCAGAUAGAGAAGUAGAAGAGUAAUAAUUGCAGUAACGGUGAUGAUUGUCGUAAGCUUGAUCACUAAGAGGGUACGUUAUGAAAGAGAAGAGGAUACCAAAUGGAACCCUGCUGGCCUGAGACUGGACCUCUGGAUGAGUCAUUCCGGAGGAGUCCGUUGGGUCAAAGCUGGCAGAGCAAAGAGGUGCAGGACACCGUUUGUUUGUUUGUUUGUUUGUUUACUAGUUGUCCCUCCCAGUCCUUUUCCCGCCCGGUCUCUGGUUCCCCUGACCCUGGAGGUCAGUGGGAAUGGAUCCUGACGACGGCACGGCUCGUGCUCACACUGAAACCAGAGGAACUCUGCAGACCGCACUUGUGGAUUUGAGAGAUUUCGGUUGUUGUGCAGUGGUUUGCCACAACUACAAAGCUGUUUGGUGUUCUUUUUUUGUUUUGUUUUUCACAUGUACUAGUGUUGACUGUUCUGUUUAAAAGGAAGCUAUUCUCAAAGUCACAGGUAAUGUGCUUGACCUUAGAAGAUGGUCUGCUCACCCACAAGUAGUAUGAACACGCCCUCACGUACCACUCACAUGUAUAGUGCCGCAUUACUAUUUGAAAUGCACACAAAUCAAUGCUUGCUUGGCACAUGUACGCAUAUACCGCUUUAAAAAACCUAGUGUAGGUGUAGAUUUUGUAGUUACACACUUACGUAUAUAUUCACACACACACACACACACACACACACACACACACACACCUUAACAGGUUAUCAGGGUGCUAAUGAAAUGGCAUUCCUCAGGACUCCUCUCCCCAUCUUUGUCCAAGAUAGGGGUGUUAAACCUGAUAAAUCUAGACUGCAAUACAGAGACGUGAACAGAGGCAGAACGGAGUGGAGAGAAUGGGACAGCUAGAACGGACGUUAUGAGUGUGAGAGAGAAAGAAGAGAAAGACAGAGAUGCAAAUGAAGGAGAGAACACAAGAAUAGAGGGAAAAAGGGAAAACUGAAAAGGACAAGAAAAGACCACCAUCCUCCUUCCUUCAUAACAAUAGGAAACAAACAUGGGUACACUAUUGACAUUAAUUAUGUGUAUUGGUAGUUAAUAGCUAUUAUAAUGAUUUUUUUUUUGGAGUUUUUAUUGUUUUGUUGUCGCCUUAAAAAGCGGUCUAAUGUAAAUUAAGCACUUUGUAUUGAUGUACAUAUGUUAAGUGUUUGUGAGGAUGAAAGCGUAUGUUGAAAUAUAAUAAGCUUGGUACGAUAUCAGUAAGAGAUAGCUUCACUCACAUUAUUCUAGUAGAUUUGGCAAAGCUUGCUAAUCAUUUAUGCAUUGAUUUAUUUUAAAUUAAAAUGAAGGUAAUUUCCUUUUGUUCUUAGCACUUUAUUUCCAUGUCAAGCUGUUAUUGUAGACCGUAUUUAACAUGUAUGUCUUGUCUAUUUCUACCCCCUCUUAAGAAACAGCUAUCUAGAACAAUGUAUUAUGAAGAAUUGCAUCAGAAUAUAUAACUGUUGCAUUGGUUUUGUUAUGAUGAGGUUUCUAUUUUUUUUACCAUAAUGUGUUGAUAUUUCCCCGAUAUGUUUCCUGGAAUAUCAGUCCCCCCCUCCCCGACAACCACAAUGUUUACCUUACAGUAUCUCAGGGACAUACAUACUUUUUCCAAACCUUUUGUUUAAACCAGAUUUAUUUUUUCAAUGUCUGUGACAGAUAGAAGUGUUGGAUGGGCUUUCUACACUUGACCCAAGUGGUGUUCCAAAUGUUUAGAUCACAAAUCCAGUCAAUGCACACAAGUUAACAGCAAGUCAUAAUUACAGCAUAAUACUAGGCGACCCUUCUCACUAUUGCCACAAGUCAGUGUGUGUAUGUACAUAUCGGUGUGACCUGAUGUAAAUAUUAUUAAUAGUUUGUUGAAUAUGCUUUAUGAUGUCUGUUCCCAUCAAUUCAGCACUGACUACGAGGGCAUUCUUUCACGCAAACAAGUUUAAAUUCUAAAUUUAAAUCCCAGCUGUACCUGGGCUAAAGGUUUUAAGCUACUUGGAAAUAGACUAGUAGCUUGUUGUAGAAAGCAGUACCCAAGUGUGGAGGUUGAAUCAAAGAUAUUAAGUGUCGCUAAACAAUACAAAUUAGACAUGACAAGGAGAAAUGACAACAGGAGUGAAUUACUUAUCUUUCAAGUGCCAAAGCCCACCUGUGUUUUUCAUGUGUUCAUGUGUUCAAGUGUUGUGUUUUAAAACAAAGUGUCCUUAUUGCAUCCUCCAUGUGUGCUGUGUAUGUUCUGUAUGGUAAGGCAUGAUGUUUUCUGUUUUGUAUGGUAUCCGUUUAUUUACAUCUGUAGCACUUGUUGUCCACUGCUUUUGCACUUGACAAAGUCAAAUAAAGGGAUUUGACAGCUCA